GAUCGAAGCCAAGUCCAGCAAUAGACAAACUGAUCUUGUUUUCAGAUUGAAAUCCACUUCUCUCGAUCUACUCCGUAGUACAUUGCGAGUGAUCUUGCUUCUUCCUCGAGCGAAGCAGUUUGUUUGAGCAAGCCCAGUACGCGAGAUGGCAUCCAACCAGGAGCAGGCGAGCUACCGCGUCGGCGAGGCCAAGGGCCACACCCAGGAGAAGACGGGGCAGGUGAUGGAAGCGGCCAAGGAUACGGCGUACGAGGCCAAGGACCGGGCGGCGGGUCUGGCCGGGAACGCGUCCGGCCAGGGGCAGGGCGCCACGGAGGCCGCCAAGCAGAAGGCCGGCGAGGCAAUGAACAAAACUUCGCAGAUGACGCAGGCUGCCAAGGACCGCGCCGCCGAGACGGCGCAGGCGGCAACGGACAAGACGACCGGCACGGCGCAGGCCGCCAAGGACCGCGCUGCCGAGACGGCGCAGGCGACCAAGGAGAAGACGACCGGCACGGCGCAGGCCGCCAAGGACCGUGCCGCCGAGACGGCGCAGGCCGCCAAGGACAAGACGACCGGCACUGCGCAGGCGGCCAAGGACAAGACCGUCGAGAGCAAGGACCAGACCGGCAGCUUCCUCGGCGAGAAGACGGAGUUGGCCAAGCAGAAGGCCGCGGAGACCGCCGAGUUGGCGCGGCAGAAGGCGGCAGAGACCGCGCAGUACGCGCAGGACAGGACCUACGACGCCGCACAGUACACCAAGGAGUCCGCCGUCGCCGGCAAAGACAAGACCGGUAGCGUGCUCCAGCAGGCCGGCGAGACGGUGGUGGGCGCGGUGGUGGGCGCCAAGGACGCGGUGGUGAACACGCUGGGGAUGGGCGGAGACAACACGAACAACAGCGCCACCGCCAAGGACACCACCAGCGCCACCGAGAAGAUCACCGGCGAUCAGUAGAUGAAUGCGUUCUAGAUUAAUUUGCUUUCGUUUCAUUAAUACUUUUUCAUGGUUUCCGAACACACAUUUGGUUGCAACUUUGAUUUUGAUGUAUUUACGUGUCUAGAGUCUGUAUGGAUGCUGUAUGGGUGAUGUUUUCACUUUCUUUUUUAUAAAAGGGGCUGAGGCUCGAUUUCCACUAGAA